AUGAUAAUGGAAGUUUCUAGUAGUUUAGGGUUUUCAGUUGCUGCUGUUGUUGAUUAUCUUCAAGAGUUGUAUCCUUGUGCUGUUGAAACAGGUUGGGAUGAGCAGAAGAAUUGCGUGAAGAGUAUUCUUAAAGUGAAAGAUGAAGAGAUAAAAGAUGAAACUACCGGUGAAAUUAAAGAGUAUAGAGUACUUGUUUCUGGUAUUGAGAUAAGAGAUGGUAUUAACUGUUCUAUUUUCAUUUUUUUGGAAGAUGAGCUGAUUGCUCAAAGUAUCUUUGAGUAUAAGAGUGACUUUGAUUUAACUGAUAGUACUAGAUAUCCGUUAAAGUUUAAUGAGUUCAAGAAAAAUGGAGCAGCUUUAGUAGUAAUCAGAGAGAGUUUAGUGAACAAAUUGCAUUUGAAGACUACCUUAAAGAAAAAGUUGCAAGAGACUAUUUGUGAAUUAUCAGACACCGAAAGAGACAAUGAUUCAUUAAAGAACAAAGGUUUAGAGAACCGGUUAAAUACAGGUUCAAGUGUGCCCACCACUUCAUCUGGGUUUAAUAGACCUGAUGAUAUGCCUAAAUUCGAGGAUGAGUACGAAGUCAACCAGCCAAGUAGUACGUCUAGGUUCCCUGGAUUAAAUUUAGGUCCUAACCAUCCUCAAGGGUACGGAGACCCUGAUCUAUUUCCAAUGGGACAAAGAAACAUAGAUUUAAACAAUCCAUUAAUGAUUCCACCCCAUGGCCAACCUGGAAACACCACUGGCCAAGGUGGAAUGAUAUUUGAUCCUUCAAGAUUGAACCCUGACGACAGUACAAGAAAUAGAGGACCUGGCUAUAUACCAGGAUCAAAAUACGAUGACCCAUUUGGCAAACCAAGUGGAUUUGGUAAUAAUCCAAAUGGCUUUGGAGGAGGACCAAGUGGAUUUGGGGGAGGAGGAUUCAUUUAA